GACCAGCCUCUUAUUAUUUUUUUGUUUUCCAUUUUUCAGAUCCCCGGACAGAAAACUGGAUUUUAAUGUCCGGUCCAGGACCUCUGCUCACCAUUUUGGCCACAUACCUGUACUUUUGUACGUCAGUUGGUCCCAAGUACAUGCGAGACCGGAAGCCUUAUGAUUUGAAAAAUACCAUGAUCUUGUACAAUGUAUCGCAGAUUUUGUUAAGCAUUUGGUUAGUCUAUGAGGGUCUAGUCUCCGGAUGGUGGAACGACUACAACUUGUCAUGUCAACCAGUGGACUAUUCUGACAGUCCUAAAGCUCGUAGAAUGGCAGCAGCAGUGUGGUGGUACUUUAUGGCGAAGAUAAUCGAGCUGCUGGAUACGGUGUUCUUCGUACUAAGGAAGAAGAACAGACAGAUUUCCUCACUCCACCUUUACCACCACUUCAUGAUGCCCAUUUGUGCUUGGAUAGGAACGAAAUUCUUGCCAGGCGGCCACGGCACUCUACUCGGCGUUAUCAAUUCGUUCAUCCACAUUAUCAUGUACACGUAUUACCUUGUCUCCGGACUCGGGCCUCAAUACCAGAAGUACCUCUGGUGGAAGAGGCAUCUUACUACUAUGCAACUGAUCCAGUUCUGCAUAAUCUUCUACCACAACUUUAGCGUCAUGUUCUACGACUGUAACUACCCUAAGUUCAUUAACUUCCUGCUUUCGUUGAAUGCUGGUCUCUUCUUAUACAUGUUUGGGAACUUUUACGUCCAAAACUACAUCAAGAACAACAACAGUAAGAAAAAUGACGACAUCAGCAGCAUUACGAAAAGUAAAGAUACUACAACCGAAAAAUCGAAAGACUGUUAGUAUUUUUUUUAUAAUUUAUACACUUGUACUUAAUAAACGCAA